AUGAAUGGCUUCAACUUAGAAAUGGAUGACUUUGAGACCAUAAAUGCUCAGGAAUCCGGUGGAUCCCCAGUAUUACCUGACUUUGCGGAAAUACCCCUUGGGGAACUGAACAACUUCACAUUCAAUGGAGUCUUUAAAAACAUAGAAAGUGUGACGGCAUUCCUGGAUUGCCUUGGAUCCCAGUUUACUUGGCUACAGGUCAUCUUUACCAAUUUCCCAGCUUUGCUUAAUUUUGUGAGCAAAUUAAAAUGUGUGACGGGCUUGUGUCCCAAAGACCUUGAGGAUUACGGCUGCACCUGCAGAUACGAGAUGGAAGGGCAGCCCAUUGAUGAAACGGACAGUUGCUGUUACCAACACCGCCAAUGUUACGAAGAAGCCACGGACAUAGACUGCGUCUGGGACCCGGCCAAAAUUUCCGCCGAUGUCAGCUGCCUCUCCAAGAAUCUCACCUGCGAGUCCGGAGAUGCUUGUGAGAAACGUCUAUGUGACUGUGACAAAGAAGCCAUUGAAUGUUUUGUGAACUCACACAUUAACUCCUCUAUCAAAGGAAUGGAUAUCUCGUUGUGCCCGGCUCCCGUUACAGAUUUGCCAGACACAACAGUCAAGAGAAUUGAUGUCGUCCAUCAGCCUCAAUUACAACAGAACAGAAGUGCAGAUGGAGCUAAUGUACCCACAAGAGAAGCAGUAGAACAAGUCGGGGUGCAGAAUGAUGUGACCUCGUUCCCUUCAGCUGAAGAGAUUGUCCCAGACAUGAGGACUACAAGUCUUCCUAUGGGCACGCCGGGGAUAGGGACACCGAGAAUUCUGACCACAGCAUUGGGCGUUUCAGGACUUGGCACUAUGAGAACUGGAGAAUCUGAAAGCAACCAAAGCUCCCCAAGGUCAUCCUCCAAUCCUUUAGGUGAAAGCAGUGUUGAAUCCAUAUCUCUCAGCACUACCACUAAAACAACCACAACGGCUGUUACUGAAAGUACAACCCAGAAAAACAGCAUUGUUCCCACAAAGACUGGAUUCAAGAUGUUAGAGGAAAGUACCGGCAAUGUUGACAUGUUCGAGGUGUCCCCAGUGACGGAGAGUGAACUGGAGGUGUCACUAGAAAAAGUGUGUGACAGGUAUAACUUUCUGCAAAUAAAUGAAGAAGGGAAUGUCAAUAGGGAGCUGCCAUUACUGGGGGAGAUGCUAUUUUGUUUGACUGGUCGAUGCCCAGAAGAAUUCGAAGGGUACGGCUGCUACUGUGGUCAAGAAGGGAAAGGGAGUCCAACAGAUUUACUGGACAGCUGCUGUUUUUCCCAUCACUGCUGUAUUGAGCAUUUGAAGAAAUUGGGUUGCCAACCACAGAGAAACAUAAGAUCUGAGGUUUUGUGUUUAGACCACAAACCAACAUGUCUUGGAUGGGGCAUCUGUGACAAGCUCCUGUGUGCAUGUGAUAAAGCAGCAGCUGAAUGCAUGGCGGCAGCACCAUACAACGAAACUGCCAGAUUAGAAAUCAGAAGAGAGUGUCAAGGUGACACAGUUUCGUGCAGAAAUGGAGGAUUUGAGUCAAAUCCAGACCGAGCUAUUGAGACCCAACCUGGGAGUUCCAGCUCCGAGUCGGAAGAGAGCAGUGAAGAGCAAAGUCCUAUGAGGGAAGUUGUGAGAUCAGGAAAUGCUCGCCAGGCAAGAAGGCCACGGUCUGUCUUUGUGGGAAGGAAAUAAAGGAGAACAACAUCACAAACCCUUUUGGUUAAAUGACUGCUUAAAAACAAAACUAAAAUGAAUGUAAUAUUGAUAUUUUUCCAUUAUUUGUACCAGUGGUAUCCAACGGGCUAGAGAUGUUGUGUGGCACCGACACUGUAGACUUAGCAGAAGAGUACUUGCACUCU